AUAGGUGUGAGGUGUUCAAUAAAUCACCACCGACUGACUCUCGUAUGGCGGCGCCUGCGAACACUUUGGACCUUUCCAUCGUUUCUUAUAUAUAAGAAACAACUCACGGGGUUGUGGGAUCGAAAGGGUGUUUCUGCAUGCACAAAAGCUAAUCCAAGUGUCUCUGAUUUUGUUUAUUUAAGGUGGCGAAUCCAAGAGAGAAAAACGAGGUUGACAAGAACGAGGGAGGGAUGAUGAACACGCAUGCAUUGUCAAGGCUGUUUCCGGGUUUGAAUAGGGAGAGAGAGAUGUCUGCUAUGGUCUCAGCUUUAACCCACGUUGUCACCGGAGAGGUUCCAACAUCCACUGAUUCUGCGUUUCUCCAUGAUAAUCAUGCUGUUACACCACACGUGCCUUCUUCUGCUUCUAUAACACCCUCUUUAUCUUCUUCAUCUAACUAUGUUCUUGGAACCUCUUCUCACAAGAGAGCAAGGGAACAAGACGCACCGUGCUUCUCGCAAACCUCUUCUAUGCCUAGAAGUGGAGAAUUUUCAAACAAUUCGAGAAGCAGAAUAACAAGGGAAAUGGGAAAUGCUGUGUACGAAUACAAGACGACGGAGAACGUUAGAGGGGAUGAGGAGAGGAGAAAAUACAGAGGAGUGAGGCAGAGGCCGUGGGGGAAAUGGGCGGCGGAGAUAAGAGAUCCGUUCAAGGCGGCGAGGGUGUGGUUGGGGACGUUUGACACCGCGGAGGCAGCUGCCAGAGCAUACGAUGAAGCUGCUCUUCGAUUUAGAGGAAACAAAGCGAAACUGAACUUCCCUGAGAAUGUCACUCUCCGGCAACCUCAGUUUAGUGUUUCGAAUUCUUCCACUUCUCUCGUGUCCAUUUCAACGUCGACGGAUCCAGCUGUGCAUACUCCAUCUUUUCUCCCUUCUCAAGGUGCCACCAACGUUUACGAGUAUUUUCAGCUCUCGGGCUUCCCCACCAACCUCUAUGAUGAUAGAACGCUAGUCACGUCUUCCAUGGCUUCUCAUCUUCACUCUUCUUCCUCCUCCUCUUCUUCUUCUUCUGCCUUUGUAACUUCUUCGCAGGACACUUCACUUUCUUCCUUUUAUUCUACCCAGAUACCACCUUGCCAUUAUAGCUCCAUCUCUUUUGUCUGUAAUUGCAUUGUCGAUCCCGUUCUGAUUCAUUAUUUUUGCUGACGAUGUUUAUGGAGGAAAAUAAAUCGCCAUGUUUGAAAA